CUUUUCGAAACUUCUCUAAUAUUUAUUUAUUAAUUAAUAUCUUAAAAUUUCGAUCCCAAUCACAUAUUUCCCCUACUGGGUACUGGCGCCGUGCGUAACAAAAGUGUGCGAGCGAAACACUAAAAAGCGAAGCGAGUAGUAAGAGAGAAAGUGAGGGGGAGGAGGGCGAGAGAGAUCAGUCGUUCCUUGUUCACUCCGUCAUUUUCACUUCUUCUAUUGACUUGAUCGCUGGAAGCCUGUCGCUUGAUUCGCCGGAAAUUACAAAUUUUGGUCACUGUUGUUCUUCGGCAGAGUUUAAUUCAUGUCGAUAGGUCGCGGAAUUAGGGUUUCAUUGCGGACAGAUACUCCCUUUUUGCCAUUUAAGGAAGCUAUUGCCCUGGGGAAAUGAGCCUGUGGAUGACCGUCGGAUUUAGGGUCUGGUUGAUCAACGGCCACGAUUUCGUCACCGGAUGGAGGGAGGUAGCCUCUUAGACCUGCUUUCUCUGGGAUGCACCCAUGGAUUAUGAUGACAAUGAUUUCCAAAACCAGAAUUUUCAGUUAGGUGCUGAAGAGAACACCAAAUUUCCUCCAGGCUUACGCUCAUAUGCUCUUCCCAAAUUUGAUCUGGAUGACAACCUCCAAGUCCACUUAAGGUUUGAUAGUUUAGUUGAAACUGAGGUUUUACUUGGUAUCCAAGGUCAAGAAGAAAACCAGUGGAUUGAAGAGUUCUCCCGGGGAAAUAGUGGGAUAGAGUUUAGCUCCGGUGGGGCUGAAUCUUGCUCUAUUUCUAGGCGCGAAAAUGUUUGGUCUGAGGCCGCUUCUUCAGAAUCUGUUGAAAUGCUAUUGAAAUCUGUUGGGCAGGAUGAAAUGAUCACAGGACAGACUAUUAUUGAGGGGUCAGAUGCUUGUGACGGACUUGAUAACAUAACAAAUCAAAUGGAACCCGCUUUAAAUGAAGAUGGUUCCAUUCCAUCUAAUAGUGGGGAUGCUGUAGAUGUGGGCCCUACAUUACCACCUAAGCAGUGUCCGGAGAGCUUUGCAGGGUUAAGUAAGGAUGUUGUGGCAGUGCAGUCCCAGGUUGAAGCUACACCUCAAUCUCACAAAUGUGAAAUGUCUGGUUAUGGAAGUUUGAAAGACUUGGGUCCGAUUAUGUCUGGUGAAAAGUCCGACUCACCGUUGGCUGAGGGUAAUCUGAUGAUUGAUGAAAAGUGUACUGAUAGAAAUCAGAGGGAAGAUGGUUCUUUAGUUGUUGGAUCUGAGGAAAACAAUCCACAGGAUGAUUCUGCUGUGUCAGAGACCAUACAAAUUGACAAUCUUGUUCCAAGUAUUGAGGAGUUGAAUGCUACAGUGACCCAACAAAAGCCAGUGGAAGGUUCUGAGCAGCGUACCUCUUUUGACAAUCCAGAUGCUUUGCAAGAAGAUGAGUCUGUAAAAGAGGGGGAAGGAGAUGUUUCAAGCAAAGAGGAUAAGUUAGAUGAUCAAAAUUGUGAUGGAAAUACAGUUGAAUCCACCAUUAACAAGGUGGAGAACAAUUCCAGUUCUGUGAAAAAUAUAGAUUUUACAGUUCAGCUUCCAGUAUGCAGUGAGCAUCUGUGUUCUGAGCAGACUGAGCAGACUGUUCAGACCAGUAAUUGGGAGGCUAUGGUUUUGUCUAAAAGUAGUGAGGUAGGUGAUAAAAUUGUAGAUGAUACACAUGACUCAUCUUUAAUAUUGGAGAAAGAGAUUGAUAGUUUGGAAGGGGAUGCUGCUAAGGUUAACAACAGCAAUGUUGGAAUUCCUUCUAAGCCAGUGUUGAAUAUGGGCCCUCUAGCACAGGCAAUGGAGGGACAGACCCAGAUUGCAUCUUCUGAGAAACAAGACCAUUUGUUGGAAUCUGAUGGUUACCAAUUGGAAUCUGAUGGUUACCAAUUGGAAUGUGGUAUUUCAGGCUGUAAUUCUGAGACAUCUUUAUUGAAGGUGGAGGACAAAAAACUCCUUGAGAUUAACAGUAAUAAUCAUGUGGAAAACCCUUCUUUUCUGAUGGCAGAAGUCUGUUCCUCAACUAAUAUAAUCCAUGAAAAGCAAACAACUGAAGAAAGGGGUGAUGAUUAUAAUAGUUUGGGAGUUCAGGGGGAUGAUUGUAAUUCAAAGGAUCAUGUAUCAGUUUCCUUGCAGGCUGACUCAUCGCAAAUCUGCAAUAGUAGUUUGGACAUUGAGCCUUGUAAAAUGGAGAAUGCUAGUAUGUCUACUGUUUCAGGUGGUACAGAAAGUGUUGAUGAUGGUUCUCUUGUUAUGGAGAAGCAUGUAGUAUCUCUGUCUCAUGGUCAAAGUACUGCUGAAGCAGAGGUGGGGGUGUGUGAACCAAAGUCUUCUUUGGUUGUUGGUGAAGAAUCAGGAAAUGGUAUUGCCACAAAUGAAGUUAUUCAAGACAAAGAAGAUAUAAUGCCAUCUGUAUGUGUUGGGGAUGUUGCUCAGUUGGAAGGAAAGGAAGAAUCUGUAACUGAAACGUUUACAGAAUCAAAUUUGGUUAUGAAGGAGUGCUCCCUUGUGCCAAGUGAGCCGGCUUCUAUUUCUGAAGUUGAAAAUCUUGCAGUUUGUGAUGGCACUGGGGAGCAGUUACCUGGGUCAUCUGGUCAGUCUUCAUCAUCCGCUGGGACUGUUAGUACAACAUUCCAGAAUGAACCUGAGGCUGUGUUACCUGACAAAAUUACUCAAGCCUACUCUUGUGAAUUGGAAACACAACCUGUUGUUGAUGAUCCAGUUCCAAAAGAAGAUGAUAGUACUGGUGUAAUAGGAGUUUCUAAUGAGAAGUGCAAAGAGUCAUCCCUAAAUAGCACAGAUGUUGGCUGUGGGUGCUCCGUAAGCUCUGCUACCGAUUCUCUUUACCAUGGUCCAGAUGCUGGAAGCACUAUUCCAGAUUCAGAGGAACGUAACUGUGGUUCACCCACUGUCAUUAGUUCUACUGAGGUUCCUCAAAAUGAGAAGGAAAAAGGGAAAGGAGGCAAUGGGUCCUUAGACCAGAAUUCCCCUGUUUCUGAUCAUAUGGAUGGGCAGGGGAACAAAGUUGAACCUUGUACUGAUGAUAUUAAGGGAAACAGUGCCACUGAAGACGAUAGGAGCUUCACUUUUGAAGUGAGUGCACAGGAGGUUGAUUUGUCUGACAGGGAGACUGAUCGUGGAUGGAGACCAUUUCCCAGUGUUCAGCACUAUGAAUUUCAUCAGACUGUAGAGGGUUCUCCUUCAACGUCUAGCUUAGGCCCAAUUGAUCCCAAGUUGCAAGGCACUAAUCGUGGAAGUCAUCGAGCAUCUGAUGGGGAGACUCCACGUGCCAGUUCUAAGGGUACAUCUGACCAUAAAAGGAGGAGAGCGUCUGGUAAGGGAACCGACAAAGAAGCUUCCAAGGAAGGGAAAUCUCUAAAAGAUCCUUUGAGGCAGGCAAAAGACAGAGGGGGCAGUUCAUGUAGUGUAUCUCCUACCUCAUGUGGGACAGUAGGCCAAGUUGUGCAAGGUGAAGAAAUGAGGUCCAGUGGAUAUAUUGAAGGAAGUGUUACAAAACCUUGUGGUGUUCUAACUGCUCAGCCAUCUACUCUGCCAGAUUUGAAUACUUCAGCUUCCUCAUCCUCAUUUCAACAACCUUUUACGGAUUUACAACAAGUGCAAUUGCGGGCUCAGAUAUUUGUUUAUGGAUCUUUGAUACAAGGAACGGCUCCUGAUGAGGCAUGUAUGGUCGCAGCCUUUGGAGAAUCUGACGGUGGAAGAAGCUUGUGGGAUAAUGUGUGGCGUGCCUCUCUUCAAAGGCUUCACAACCAGAAACACAUGCAUGGUAACUCUGAGACCCCUCUGCAAUCACAUCCAGGUUCUAGGUUUCCAGAAGAAACAAGUAGGCAAAGUUCUAUUCAGAAUAAGGUUAUUCGCACUCCUACUAGUCGAGCUGGGGGCAAAGGUGCCCCUUCAGCCACCAUAAAUCCUGUGAUUCCCCCAUCUCCCCUAUGGAGUAUUUCAACCCCUUCCCGUGAUGGAAUGCAGCCCGGCAGCAUGCCAGGGAGCUCACUUUUAGAUGCUAAUCAGGCGCUUUCUCCAUUGCAUCAUUAUCAGUCACCUUAUGUAAGGCAUUAUGUGGGAAACAGCAGCCCUUGGCUAUCUCAGGCUCCUGCUGCUACGCCCUGGGUUGUUUCACCUGCAGCUUCCGUGCUUGAUGCCAAUGCUCUUUACUCUGCCUUUCCCAUUACAGAAACAGGGCAUGUAACUACUGUUCGAGAAAUUUCCGUAACACAUCCCUCCACUAUGCAGCAUACUCCUCCCAGUUCUUUGGUUCAUUCUGGGGGUUCCACAAGUGUUCCUGCAGGGCCUCCACCUUUGCCAGAGGUGAAAAGAGCAAUAGUAUCACCUAGCAAGACUGCUUCUGCUGAUCCAAAGCCUAGGAAGAGAAAAAGGAGUAUGGCUUCUGAGGAGUCUGGCCACAUGUCUUUGGUUGCUCAACCUCAAACAGAAUCUGUUUCUGCUGUUGUUGUUACUAAUCAUCUCCCUACUUCUGUUGCUAUCACACCAUCUGCAGCUAAAACUUCUACCAAUUCUAUGUUAACUAAUUCACCCAUAUCUGCAACACAUUUCCAGAUAAUAGGGGGUCAGGACAUGGAGCAGAGGGUAAUCUUUUCAGAAGAGACAUGCAGUAAAGUUGAACAAGCUAAGCAACAUGCAGAAGAUGCUGCUGCUCUUGCUGCCACUGCAGUUGGUCACAGCCAAAGUAUAUGGAGCCAGUUAGCUGUCCAGAAAAUUUCUGGUUUGGUUUCAGAUGUUGAAGCUAAACUGGCUUCUGCAGCUGUUGCAGUAGCUGCUGCUGCUUCUGUCGCAAGGGCGGCGGCAGCAGCUGCUAAGGUUGCAUCAGAUGCUGCAUUGCAAGCUAAACUGAUGGCUGAUGAGGCUCUACGUUCAAGUCGAACUAGGCAUCCUACUCAAACUAUUGACACUUCUCUCUCUGAUGGUGUGAAAAAUAUGGGAACAGUAACACCUGCAUCAAUUUUGAUGGGUAAGGAUAAGACCAACAGUUCAAGUUCAGUUAUUGUUGCCGCAAAGGAGGCUGCUAGGAGAAGAGUUGAGGCUGCUUCUGCUGCCACAAAACGGGCAGAGAAUCUGGAUGCAGUAGUAAAAGCUGCAGAGCUGGCAGCUGAAGCUGUAUCACAGGCAGGAACUAUUAUAGCAAUGGGUGAACCUUUACCUCUAACACUGGGUGAUUUAGUAGAGGCUGGUCCAAAUGGUUAUUGGAAAGUACAAGUCUCUUCAGAGCAUAUUGUCAAGUCAAGCAAUUUAAAUGAGGGGGGACAUUCUAAUGUAAAUGGUAUUGGUGAAGGUAUUGAAAAUUCUUCUGCUCGUUUGAAUGAGCAAUCGUUGAAUAAACAAGAAACUCAACAAGCUACUACAAGCCAGGAAAAGUCAUCUUCAAAAGAGUUGGCCAGGCUUCCAGUGGAGAACAACGUGGGAUUGGUGAAUGGGGUGCAGAGCAGUGAAAAGGGAUUGGGGAAGCAAAAAGGUCGUAAAACAUCCAACUUGGGUAAGACUAUAGGGGUUGUCCCAGAAUCUGAGAUUGGAUCAAGAACUGAUUCUGUCCCUGCCCAGAAUGAGGAACAUGAAGGAACUCAGUUAGCAGGAUCUUCAAAAGAGAAUAGCAUUAAAGAAGGUUCAGUUGUAGAGGUUCUUGCUGACAAGGAGGGUUUUAGGAGAGUGUGGUUUUCAGCCAAGGUGCUGAGUUUAAAGGAUGGAAAAGCUUACGUCUCUUACACUGAAGUUUUGCCAGAUGAAGGCUUUGGGCAGCUAAAAGAGUGGGUACCACUUAAAGGUGAAGUUGAUAAAGAACCAAGGCUACGGGUUCCUCAUCCUACAACUGCAAUGAAAUUUGAAAAAACAAGAAAACGACGUAGAGCUGCCAUUGGGGACUAUUCUUGGUCUGUUGGAGAUAGGGUAGAUGCAUGGAAACUUGAUGGCUGGUGGGAAGGAAUUAUCUCAGAAUGGAGCAAAGAGGAUGAAAUGUCUUUCAUUGUUCAUUUUCCAGCUCAAGGAGAUACAUCAGUUGUGAAAGCUUGGCAUCUUCGGCCAUCUCUUGUUUGGAAGGAUGGGCAGUGGAUUGAAUGGUCCCGUUCUAGGGAAGAUCAGCCCCGUUCUAAUGAGGCUGAUACUCCACAGGAGAAGCGACCAAAGUUGGGAAAACAUGGGGCUGGAACAGAUUCUGCAGUUGAGGUAAGUGGGAAGGACAAGGUUUCAAAAAAUAUGGGCGUCAGUGAUUCAGGGAAACCUGAGGCGGCAAGGCUUCUAGCACUAUCAGAUAAUGAAAAAAUAUUCACUGUUGGUAAAAGCAUUAAAGAGGGAAGUAAUUCUGAUGCACUUACAACAAAGAGGAUUGGUCUCCAGAAGGAAGGCUCAAGGGUUAUUUUCGGCGUUCCUAAGCCUGGAAAGAAAAGGAAAUUUAUGGAAGUGAGCAAACAUUAUGUUUCAGAUAAAAGUGCCCAGACAACUGAAGUAAGUGAUUCAAUGAAGUUCACAAAGUACCUGAUACGUCAAGGAUCAGGGCCCCGUGGAUGGAAAAAUACUAAUAAAGUUGAUUCAAAAGGAAAACGAGCAGCUGAAUCUAAGCCUAAGGUGAUUAAGUCAGGGAGAACUGGUAAAAAUUCUUCUGAGAAAGAUAGUUCUUCAAUUUCUACUCUCUCUCUCUCAAAUGAUGGCCGUGUGCAUGAUCACGUCAAAACUUCUGUUGGCCAUCAUGAAUCCAUCCCAGAAAGGCAGAACCAGCUACAGCCUGGUUCGUUUCCUGACAACAACAAAGCAGCUGAGGGUACAACCUUAUUUGCUUCUCUAUCUCUUGCAUCUGAUGCUCCUUCAUACAAGAAGAAGUCUUCGGCUACUGAUUCUACCCUGGAGCUUAAAGGAAAAGUUGCUCCUUCUGCUGAAAAGUUGGCUAGAAAUGAUGAAAAAGAUUCGGGUCACUAUGAUAAUGCUGGAAAAUCAGUUCCUGAUGUCAUUGAGCCCCGAAGAUCCAAUCGCAGGAUUCAGCCAACAUCAAGGCUAUUAGAAGGGCUGCAAAGCUCCUAUAUUAUCUCAAAGAUUCCUGCUAUCUCACAUGACAAGAGUACCAGAGCUCAACAUAGAGGCACUCAAUCAUCAAGGGGGAAUAACCAUAGCUGAGAGGAGCUUAUGCCAUGCUGGAACCUCAAACAAUGUCAAGGAAAUCAACUAUUUGGUGAAAAAUAUCUUGUGUACCGUUGUGUAAAUAGUAAUUAUAGGAUUUAUGAGAGCCAGGAAAAGGCAUUAUUUUUUUCUUGGGCUUAAUAUGAUGUUUCAUAAGAGGUUUAUAUCAAUUAUUAGUUUCUUAACUAGUAUAAGCACUGCUUUUUCUAUGAUUUUUCCCAACAUAUUACGUAGGGAAACAAUCCAUUUCAGGAAUCUGUUCCAGGGUGAUCAAAUCCGGAUGUAUGUGCUGAACCGUUUGCCCUUUAUCAUAUAUCCACAGGUGAUUUCUGUUGGUGGCUCCAGCACCAAUUUUUAUUCUUGUAUAGGUAUUGUUGUUAGUCUUUUACUCCUAUGCUGCAAAUUUUCCAUGAAGUCAGGUGAGAGUUUCAGAGCAUUACGGGUCACUUUAAACAAGAAAAGCUGGUAUAGAUCAAGUGUCGACUUGGACUGACUUUUGGUGGUGCUGGAGUCACUUGUAAGGCAUGAAAGUUGAGACAAUGCAUAUACUGGGGAAACCUUGGCUAAUUUUGUUUUCCAAGAGUUCACUGUGGCCGGAGAAUCGUUCUGUGUUGGUGCUUAAAGUUAAACUGCGAAUUUUGCAACUUUGACAGAUCUCGGUGAGGGGAAUUCUAAUACAUGAUAAUAAUCUUCUUUUUUAUUCUCUUAUUCGUAUCAUGUACAAAGACAAUGGAUCAGGUGGGUUGUCUUUUUCUUUACUGUUACCUAUCCAACAAUUUCUUAAGUUUUUUUUCUGAAAGUUGGUCGACUUGUGUUU